AUGAUCAACGAAAGCAGCUUGUUUCCUAGUGCGUCCUCGACUGAGACCACCUCUGGAAAUUUCUCAAAAUCCAUCAACCUUAACGUAUCGUCGGGAUCAGUGGGGAUUACUGUUGAUGCUAUUGUCGUUAUUCCUUCUGCUGUUCAGCUUCUCUUCUGUGUCAUCGUUCUCCGAGUCUUCUACAAACUUCCCACUCUUCGUACAUCUACCAACUUUCCCAUUAUCAAUUUGAUUGCAUCUGAUUUCAUGCGAGCUCUCGUCAGUUUUCUAGCAAUUCCACUCUUUAGUAAAUCAAAUCCAAAUGCAAUUGACAAAGUUUCACGCACGGAUGAAAUCCUAUGCCAAUUUUUUUGGUUUUGCAACAAUUUUCAAUUUGCUUGGUCAAGUUGGGCGAUCGCCAUGCUGUCAUACAGUCGUUCUGACGUCGUCGUCAACGUGCUCAAUCCAACUUUCAGCAAGAAACGUUUCUGGACGUGGAGCGUAAUAAUUUGGAUAGGAUCCAUAAUGACAACGUUACCUCCAUUCGUAGGAUGGAGUUCAUACGGAUACGUGAUGUCGGCAAGUGGGAAUACGUACACGUGUGGUAUAGGUGUCGAUGGCAAUGGGUUGCUGCACGCUCUGUAUUUGCCAUUCUUCUAUUUUAUCAACUUCAUUCUUCCUUCUUUGUUUGUAAUUUUGUAUUUUUGUCGUAUUGUGCGAACAGUUCAACAUCAAAAAAGAAUAUCAAACAGGCAAUCCAACGUGGUCAUGUUUGCCAACUUUUCCUCACAAUCAUCAUCCGUCCAAACUUCGCUGUCGACGGCAGGUCAAGUUAGAGGCAUCGUCAGAUCGAAAGCUUUCGUUUACCUCGUUAUCAUAAUUAUCAGCAACGCGGUCUUGUCGCUCCCGUUUGUGUGCGUUCAAUCGUACAGUGCCGUCAUUUCAGAGCUGAGAUUACAUCAUAAGCAAGUUUCAAGUGUCGUACUGAAAGUCGCGUCAAUUUUGUUUACGGCAAACUUCAAUGUCAACUCUCUUCUUUAUAUAUUUUGGAUCAAAACUUUUCAACAAGCAAUAGCUGCAAUGAUCCCAUGUCGUCAGCGUUAA